AUGGUCACAGCUCAAGGUGAGCACGGCCGGACAAUGACCUUGGUGCCCGGCCGUGCUCUUCUGUUGACUAGCUGGCUGCUGUUGCCAUUCCAGUCAAGCUUGAUGUGCUCUUGUUUGGAGCUUUGCCUGCUGCUGGCCGUCGGCGAUUUGUCUGUUUAUACAUCUUGCCUAUUAAUCCAAUCAAGCGCUACCUUAAGACUUGAAAGAUCAAAGUUGAGAGCAGGUAGGCCGGUCAUGCGCAGCGCGCCCACUGCCCAAGCCGGUGCUCUGGAGUGGCGUCUCAUCACCGAACACCGGAAGUUCGGCACCGCCCCAUCCCCAUAUCAAUUAUGCUAUUCCCCAAUUCUACAUUGGCACGCGCUACAUCUGUCAGCUUCGCCUUCGACCGCCUCGGCGUCCGCGUCCCGGCGCUCUUCAUCUCCCCGUGGAUCGAACCGGGAACAGUGGGAGCCGACGUCGCAGUAUGAGCACUCGUCCAUCCCAGCGACGGUGAAAAGAUCUUCAACCUCAAGGAGUUCCUCACCAAGCGCGACGCGUGGGCCGGCACGUUCGAGUCCGUGCUCACGCGCGCCACGCCAAGAACCGACUGCCCAGGUGCGUGACAAGCAGUGA